AUGGCGGAUCAGAUUCCUGGAGAGGAGUAUGAGUAUGAAGCUCUUCCUUCGAAUUAUGGCUUAGGACAUAAUAUGUUAGCAGGGGCUUUCGCGGGUAUUGCGGAGCAUUCGGUUAUGUAUCCGGUUGAUUUGUUAAAGACGCGAAUGCAAGUUUUACAUCCGGCCUCCGGCGGGCUUUAUACCGGUAUCACGAAUGCGGUGUCGACUAUCUAUCGAAUUGAAGGUUGGAGGACGUUGUGGAAGGGUGUUUCGAGUGUGAUUGUGGGUGCCGGUCCUGCCCACGCUGUCUAUUUCGGUACAUAUGAGGCAGUCAAGGAGUUAGCGGGUGGAAAUGAGGAUGGCCAUCAUCCAUUUGCUGCUGCUCUGAGCGGUGCCUGCGCCACUAUCGCCAGUGACGCACUCAUGAAUCCAUUCGAUGUCAUCAAACAGCGCAUGCAGGUCCACGGUUCCGUCCACAAGUCGCUUGCGCAAUGUGCCAGAACAGUCUAUCGAAUGGAAGGCCUCCAGGCUUUCUACGUCUCGUACCCGACCACCCUCAGCAUGACCGUCCCCUUUACCGCCACUCAAUUUGUCGCUUACGAGUCAAUAUCGAAAGUUAUGAACCCAUCUAAGGAGUAUGAUCCAUUCACCCAUUGUAUUGCGGGAGGUCUUGCUGGUGCCGUGGCAGCUGCAAUUACGACACCACUCGACGUGAUCAAGACACUUUUGCAAACUCGAGGCCUGGCCACGGACCAAGAAGUUCGCACUGCGCGAGGGUUGUUCAAUGCUGCUGCUAUCAUUAAGCGCCAGUUCGGAUGGGCCGGUUUCCUGCGUGGACUGCGACCUCGUAUUAUUUCGACCAUGCCCAGUACGGCGAUUUGCUGGACUUCGUAUGAAAUGGCCAAAGCCUACUUCAAGAACCAAAUGUCCGAAAAAUAA